AUGGCCGCCGCUGCAGCAGGAAUAAACAAGCAGGGCUCCGUAGCGACCAUGGAGCCCUGCAUCCGACACGGGAGGGCAGCCCACGGAGGCACGGUGAAGGUGCUGGAGUGUGGAGUGUGUGAGGACGUCUUCUCCCUCCAGGGGGAUAAGGUUCCUCGUCUCCUUCUCUGUGGACACACCGUGUGCCACGACUGUCUGACCCGGCUGCCCCUCCACGGCCGAGCGGUCCGCUGCCCCUUCGACAGACAGGUCACCGAGCUGGGGGAUUCUGGCGUUUGGGGUCUGAAGAAGAACUUUGCUCUGCUUGAACUUCUGGAGCGACUCCAGAAUGGAGCGAGCAACCAGUCGGGAAUGGCGGAGGACGCCCUGAAAGGCAUGGGAGAAUGUAUAAUCCGGUGUGACGAGGACGAGAGCCACACGGCCUCCAUGUACUGCACCGUGUGCGCCACCCACCUGUGUGCCGAGUGCUCCCAGCUCACCCACUCCACCCGCACGCUGGCCAAGCACCGCCGGGUGCCGCUGGCCGACAAGCCGCACGAGAAGACCCUGUGCCCGCAGCACCAGGUCCACGCCAUCGAGUUCGUCUGCCUGGAGGAGGCCUGCCAGUCCGGGCCGCUCAUGUGCUGCGUGUGCAAGGAGUACGGCAAGCACCAGGGGCACAAGCACGCCGUCCUCGAGACUGAAGCUAACCAGAUCCGUGCCUCCAUUCUGGACAUGGCCCACUGCAUCCGCACCUUCACGGACGAGGUGUCGGAGUACUCGAGGAAGCUGGUGGGCAUCGUGCAGCAGAUAGAAGGCGGAGAGCAGAUCGUGGAGGACGGAGUCGGCAUGGCGCACACCGAGCAUGUCCCCGGCACGGCAGAGAGCGCUCGGUCCUGUGUCCGAGCGUACUUUGCAGACCUCCAUGAGACCCUGUGCCGGCAGGAGGAGAUGGCGCUGAGCGUGGUGGACGCCCACGUCAGGGAGCGUCUGAUCUGGCUGAGGCAGCAGCAGGAGGACAUGACCAUCCUGCUGUCUCAGGUGUCCACCGCCUGCAUGCACUGCGAGAAGACACUUCAACAGGACGACUGCAGAGUCGUGUUGGCAAAGCAGGAGAUCAACUGUUUGCUGGAGACGCUUCAGAAGCAGCAGCACCAGUUCACGGAGCUGGCGGAUCACAUUCAGCUGGACGCCGGCAUCCCCGUCACCUUCACUAAAGACAACCGGGUCCACAUCGGUCCGAAGAUGGAGAUCCGUGUCGUGACUCUUGGGCUGGACGGAGCCGGAAAAACCACGAUCCUCUUCAAGCUGAAACAAGACGAGUUCAUGCAGCCCAUCCCGACCAUCGGUUUCAAUGUGGAGACAGUUGAAUAUAAGAAUUUGAAAUUCACCAUCUGGGACGUUGGUGGAAAACAUAAGCUGAGACCUCUGUGGAAACACUAUUAUCUCAACACUCAAGCGGUGGUGUUUGUGAUUGACAGCUGUCACAGGGACAGACUGAUGGAGGCUCACAGUGAACUGGCCAAACUACUGACGGAGAAAGAGCUGAGAGACGCCUUGCUGCUCAUCUUUGCAAACAAACAGCAUUCGUCUGUGCAGGACGUCCCCGGCGUCGUGUCCGUGGAGGAGAUGACGGAGCUGCUGAGCCUCCACAAGCUGUGCUGUGGGAGGAGCUGGCACAUCCAGGGCUGCGACGCCCGCAGCGGGGUGGGCCUCCACGACGGGCUGGACUGGCUCUCCAGGCAGCUGGUGGCCGCCGGCGUCCUGGACGUCGCCUGACCGCUAAGAACAACACAAACACAUCCACGAGUCCAGCUCCUCACGUCUCCCACCGCCUCAUGUUACCCGUUUUAAGACUGCGGCGUUAAGCCUCAUCUUUUCCUUCUUUGUGCACCAAUGUGGGCAAAGAAACACAAAGAUGUAAAUACUUUCUGUAACUUCACUGAAACUACAAAAACAUCUGAGAAAUAAAACCCCAAAAACCAGUUAACACUUAAAAAAAAACUCCCAAUCCGGCUUCAUAUCUGAGGCAGCUUAUCUCAUCAGCUUAGUUUUCUUGUCUUUGGUCAUGUCUUGGACUUGGAUUAGUACUUGUUAAUCUUUCUUCGGCCUUAAAUUUGUACUUCUUGGUCUUGACUUUGGACUUGUUGGUCUUGACUUUGGACAUGACUAGGAACUUGUUGGGUUUGACUUUUGACUUGACUAGGAACUUGUUGGUCUUGAAUAGGGACUUGACUAUCUGGACUUGGGACUUUUUGGUUUUAAAGUGGGACCUGUUUGUCUUGACUGGAGACAUGAGGCAGACUUUAUCUUUUUGUUUUUACCUCGCAACCUGUUGGUCUCGACUGGAGACUCGGCUUGGUAUUUGAUUUGGGCCUGUUCCUCUUAGUUUCUUUUGUUCUAACCUUUUUCCCAGAGACCUGCAGAUCAUCUGGCAUCUCUAACUAGCUGGUGUCGGUCCAGAUAGACCUUUAAAAUGCUCCCUCUGUACUUUCUAUCUCACUGCAUUCAUCAUAACCUCCUCCACGUGUGACCGUGAUCUUAACUAAACACAGAGUGGUCUGUAAUGUAGUGUUAGCAUCAUUUACGUAUAUUUGGACAACACGUCGUAUAAUCCUUAGAAAUAACCGCCUUUGAGCUGCGUUCAGUGUUUUUGCAGAAACGGGACGACUUCCUGUUGCUAAAAACACCUGAUGGUCAAAAGUUCAUGUUUUGGCUUCGCCUUCAUCUAAUGUAAGCAAUAGCGUCGAUGUUUCACGGGGUCUUUACGUUAUGUGUGUUUUUCUGAACUGAACUAUAUGAACCUAUUUAAUGCCACAGCUGGUCUUGAAAAUGGCGACGCAGACUUGUUUUCUGUUACAGAACAAACUGUUUACUGAGCUUAUUUAUGAGCGUUACUUUGAGAGGAACUCAGUUAUUAUUAUUAUUUUUUAAUGCACCGAUUCUGCCUCCGUGUUUUGUGGAGCCUCGAAUGCACUUGUUUGCUUCCGCACAACACUUUCUUAUUUGGGAGCAAACGAACUACCUGCUGUUUCAUAGUCGACUCUGAGGAUUAAUAUCUCUGCAAAAUAAAACAAGAAAAUAUUCAAAUUUAUCUCGGUUUGUUUGUGUGGCGUGUUUAGGAGAUGGUUCACCUUUAGUUAUACUGUGAUGUGAAACUUUAAGCCUAAACACUGACUUGUUAUUAAGGACCCAUUAUUCCACUUUGAUUUCAUCUUUAUUCAUUGCUAUGUAAUGUUUACUACAUGUAUCUAUGUAUAAAAAUACUAAUAAUAAUAAAAAAAUGCACGUGUUAAAAGCCUUUCCACAGUUUGUGAGAACAUUUCCAUUUGUUUUUGAAACGUAGAAGCACAACGCACCUCCAAACCCUUUGUUACCAGUGGACUUUAACAGCUUUUGUAAAUUAUUCAUAAUGUUGUUGCUGUAAAAUAAACAAACUGACCUUAUCUGUCCGGCUGCUUCUUCUUCUUCUUCUUCUUUUAAGCUAAUGAA